GCAGCGCGCGGGCCUGGCUCCAUGGCGGAGCAGGAGGGGCUGCGGCGCCUCCUCAGACUGGUCCAGGAGGGAAAGCUGGAUCUCCUACGGGAUGAGCUGAGGCUGGAUGAGAUUCCAGAGGCUCUCAGCUGGCGCUGGGGACGUUUGGGAGACUCCCUGCUGCACCACGCGGCUCGGUCGGGGCACCGGGAUGUGCUGGAAUUCCUGAUCCAGGAGAUCGGGAUGGACCCGGAGGUGGCCAACGGGGACUACAAGAGACCCAUCCAUGAGGCUGCUUCCAUGGGACACCAGGAAUGUGUGUCCUUCCUCCUGGAGAGAGGGGCCAGCGUGGACUGCUUGAAAAAGGGGGACUGGACUCCCCUGAUGAUGGCUUGCACCAGGAAAAACUUGGAAGUGAUCAAAACUCUGGUGGAGCACAGAGCCAAUCCCUUGUUGAGGAAUAAGGAUGGCUGGAAUUGCUUCCACAUUGCCAGCAGGGAAGGGCAUCCCGAGGUUCUCCGGUUCCUGCUGGAUGUGUUCCCAAACUGCUGGGACACGGAGAGCACCACGAGGAGAACUCCUCUGCACACAGCAGCGAUGCACGGCUGUUCCCAGGUCGUGGAGCUUCUCCUGGAGCGGUGCCAGUACCAGCCUGACAGCAGGGACAGCUGUGGGGUCACUCCCUUCAUGGAUGCUCUCCAGAACGGACACGUCGGCAUCGCCCGGCUGCUCCUGGAAAAACACCAGGCCUGUCCCACAGCUGUGGAUGCCCUGGGUGCUCAGGCCCUGCACAGAGCAGCUGUGACAGCCCAGGAUGGAUCCAUCCAGUUCCUGGUGUCCGAGCUGGGCGUGGAUGUCAACGGGAGAGCGACGUCCCUGCGGCUGCCAGCCCUGCACUACGCUGCCAAGGAAGGACAUGGACAAACCAUCCAGACCCUGCUGUCCCUCGGUGCUGAUAUCCAGGCUAAGGAUGGGAAGGGCCGUUCUGCCCUGCACGCGGCCGGCGCCGGGCAGCGCGCCGAGGCCGCCGGCGUCCUGCUGCGAGCCGGGCUCCGCGACGCUCGGGAUAACUCGGGAAUGCUGGCACGGCAGCUGGCCAGGAAGCCGGAGAUCAUCCGGGUUUUCCAGGGAAUGCAAGAGGAAAGCUGCUCCUUUUCCACGUGAUUCCAGGGUUGAGCUUCCCCUCUUCCCAUGCAGCUCCCUGAAACAGAACCAUCCAAGGAAAUCUCCACUUCUCGUGAUCCUCACGGCUUUUCCUGGGAAUUUCCACACAAAAUCCACCUGGAUCAUUGAUUUUCCAGCUCUUCAUUGACCUGCUCUCCCCUAAUCCCUGAAAUUCCUGGAAUUUUGAGACUCUUGAAGCUGCACCAACUUUUUCAAUCCUUUUUGCAUCCCACAGCUGAUCCCAAAAUCUGCAGGAAUCCGUGGUGGGACUUCAGCCUUGGGAGGACACCGGGAAUCUUUGGAUCAGACUGAAAUAAAGGAGGUGUUUUAUUCCAGAUUGGAAUGCUGGGUAAUUCCCAGAACCCAUGAACUUUAAAUCCCAAAAAAUCUGCUCUUGGAAACCUGGAAUUCACAACAAGGUAAGAGCAGCUACAGCUGUUUGGUUUGUGCAGCUGGAAUGAUAAAUUCCAUAAAAAAAAUGAUGUGUCCUCGUCUGUUUGAAAUGCCAGGACUUAAAAACUCAUGGAAUUCUGCUUUUUUUGGGAUGGCAGAGGUUAAAAAUCAGGAAGGGAAUGAGUUAAGUUGUGCUCAUGGAUGGGUUUGAGUGGGAAAUUCCCACUCAAACUCUCAGGAAUUGUGGUGGGAGCUGUAUCCAGCCCUGGGUUGGUAAGGAAAUGGUGAGGAAAUUUUUAUUCCUCUAAAAAUCCCGGAUCCUUCCAUAAAUCCAGCUCUUUCCUACAGCUGGAAAUGCAAGGGGCUGCUUCAUUCCUAUUUAUUUCUAAUUUUAAUAAACCAUGGAAUUGCUGUGUCCUCCCAAUAUCCCUAAAAUUUUUUAUCCAUAAAAACCGGGAUUGCUGACGAGCCUGUGAAAAAUCAGAGGGAAUGUUUCCAAAUAUCCAUGGAAACACAAAUG